AUGGCUUCAGCUACUACUAUGAAGGCACUGAACUACCUCGGACCUUACCAGGUGCGGGUAGAAGAUGUUGAGAAGCCGAAGAUGGAACAUCCUGACGAUAUUAUUGUCAAGGUUACCACAGCUGCGAUUUGUGGCUCCGACUUGCACAUGUAUGAAGGACGAACAGCUGCUGAGCCAGGAAUCACUUUCGGCCACGAGAACAUGGGAAUUGUUGAGGAGUUGGGUGAAGGUGUGACGUUGUUGAAGAAAGGUGAUCGCGUUGUUAUGCCCUUCAACGUCGCCGAUGGUCGGUGUCGCAACUGCGAGGAGGGAAGAACCGCUUUCUGUACUGGUGUGAACCCUGGUUUUGCUGGCGGAGCUUAUGGUUACGUCGCGAUGGGUCCUUACCGAGGAGGGCAAGCACAAUACAUUCGAGUUCCCUAUGCAGACUUCAACGCCCUCAAGCUACCUCCGGAUAUCUUCCCCACCGGCUGGCACGGUGUCGAAAUCUCUGGCUUUCAAGCAGGAGAGAGUAUUGCAGUCUUUGGGGCUGGACCAGUCGGACUCAUGGCAGCUUACUCGGCUGCGUUGAGGGGAGCGUCCAACAUCUACGUCGUCGAUCGUGUGGCCGAACGGCUGGACGCAGCCAAGAACAUCGGUGCUAUUCCCAUCGAUUUCACAAAAGGAGAUGCCGUCGACCAGAUCAUCGCUCACAACGGGGGAAUGGUUGAUCGAUCGGUGGAUGCUGUUGGAUACCAGGCUGUCGACUCCAACGGAUCUGCCGAGAAGGCGAACAUUGUUCUUGAAAACAUGAUUCGCGUGACGAGAGCCUGUGGAGGCAUGGGCAUUCCUGGACUCUACGUUCCUAGCGAUCCCGGUGCUUCUGAUGCUGCCACUGCAAAUGGAAUGAUUAGUCUGAGCUUCGGAAAGCUGUUCGAAAAGGGUUUAUCCCUCGGCACUGGACAGUGCAAUGUGAAGGCUUAUAACCGAUACCUCCGGGAUAUGAUCAUUGCCGGCAAGGCCAAGCCAAGCUUCGUGAUUUCACACGAGAUUGCACUUGCUGACGCUGAGACCGCCUAUGAGAAGUUCGACAAAAGGGAAGAUGGAUACACGAAGGUCAUCAUUCACCCCAACGGUGGAUUUUGA